GCUCAAUUUGAUCCUUUUUUAUGAGAACUCAAAGUAUAGGCCAAAGGGAUGAGGUAAAACCUCACACCUGUCAUCUACUGUGUGCGAGGAGGAGCUCUAAGUUAACCCUGCCUGUCACCAACUGCGAGGGCAAGAGAUCAUUUUCUCCACUGAAAAGAGUGAAGAAUGAACUCAGGACAAUCAUGACACAGAAGCGGCUGUCCGCACUCUCACUGAUGCCAAUUGAAUCAGAUCUGGUUAAAGAAAUUGACUUUGAGGAUCUGAUCGACAACUUUUCAUCCACAAAAGUCAAGGAAGAAGAUCUAAGUUGGACACAGCAGGGACACCAUGCAGGUCCCAGACAGACUCCUUCAUGCAGUGAACUUGGAGCGGCGGACAGCGGCUCUCCUCACCACCGCCGCCUGCGGCGUGGGAGCUCUGCUGCUGCUGCUGCGGACCAGCGGCCGCCGAGCAGCCACGGAGCAGAUCCAGAGAGCCAGAAGCAGAAGGAGCGACAAUGUGCAGCAGGCGGAGCAGGCGGUGCUGCGGUACAAGCAGGCGCAUCCAUCGACCGACUCUGAUCAGAUCCUGUCACUGUCACUGUCUGAGUUGGCAAAGCAACUGCAGGAUGGCUCACUGAGCCCCGAUGACGUGUUGUACUCCUACAUGGAAAAGGCCCUUGCUACACACAAGAAGCUGAACUGCUGCACAGAAAUUCUACUGGAGAGCUUUGAUCAGCUGAAAACACUUGGCUCCAACAAAGACGGUCUGCUGUACGGAGUUCCAGUUAGCAUCAAAGACAAUCUCUCAUAUCAGGGUCACGACUGCACUUGUGGUGUGAUCCCUAAUCUGGAUAAACCUGCCCCAAAGGACAGUGUGCUUGUGGAAGUUCUGAAGAAACAAGGAGCUAUACCCUUCGUUAAAACAAACCUACCCCAAGCCCUAUUAAAUUAUGACUGCAGUAACCCCAUUUAUGGUCAGACUGUGAACCCCCAUAAUGCUCAGAAAACCUCUGGAGGUUCGUCCGGUGGGGAAGGGGCUCUCAUUGGGGGAGGGGGCUCCAUCCUUGGUAUAGGGACUGACAUAGGAGGUAGUAUCCGUAUUCCCUCCUCAUUCUGCGGGAUCUGUGGUUUUAAGCCAACAUCGGGUCGGCUGAGUUCACAGGGUUCAAUUUCCAUCAAUCGAGGUCAAAAGUCUGUACUAUCAUCUGCUGGACCCAUGGCAAGGGAUGUGGACAGUCUGGCACUGUUUAUGCAGGCUCUUCUCUGCGAUCACAUGUUUUCCCUGGACCCCACUGUGCCACCAUUACCUUUCAAUCUGCAGAUUUACCAGAGUUCCAGACCUCUGAGGAUCGGUUAUCUAGAAAACGACGGCUACUCGUACCCUUCUCCAAGCAUGGCCCGCAGCGUCCGAGAGGUUAAAGCUCUGUUAGAGGAAGCAGGGCACACUUUGGUGCCAUACUCUCCUCCGAAGAUAAAUUAUGCUGUCACUGAACUGAUACUUAAAGGUGUUUUAGCUGAUGGAGCAACCAGCAUCAUACAGAAGCUGAAGGGGGGUCCUGUGGACCCUUGUCUCAGACCUCAGGUUCAAAUGUACUCUGUCCCUAAGUGGUUGAAGAAAACCCUCUCGUUCCUCCUCAAACCUUUUUCUCCUCGCAUCCCUGCUGUCCUUCAGGCUCUCUGUGGAGUUGGAUCUGUUGCAGAUCUAUGGGAGCAUCAUGCUGCUAUCGAGGACUACAUUAGUGAGACGGUAGCAGAGUGGAGGCGGUGCAACAUAGAUGUGCUGCUGUGCCCCGUCAUCGGACCAGCCUACAACUUCUUGUACUGUGGCCAACUUACAUCUGUUGUCAGUUUCACAAUGCUUUACAAUCUCCUCAAUUUUCCUGCUGGUGUGGUGCCCGUUUCCACGGUGACGGUAGAGGAUGAGGAGGAGCUUAAGCACUUCCAGGGCAAUUAUCAAGACACCUGGGACAAGCUCUUUAAAGAGGCUGUGACUGGAGCUGAGGGUCUGCCCGUGGGGGUGCAGUGUGUGGCCCUGCCGUGGCAGGAUGAGCUCUGCCUUCGCUUCAUGAAGGAGGUGGAACGACUGGUUGAACAGAACAGAAAGUAGAGCGUGCUUCUGCUCUCAGUCCAAAAGGUGGGCCGGUCUCAAGUGGCUCAAGUGAAUGUCAGCUGAAGUUAAUUUUAAUCAAGGUUUUUUCAAUGAUCCGAGUACAACCAAACAAUGGUGUCAACCAACUUCAAAUUACAUAAUUUCAAAAUGUAGGUGAGUGUUUGAUAAUUUUUUAAUAAUCAACUUUUAGAUUUGGACUUUUUUUUUUUAAGAACAAAUGAAUUAAAAUGACUAUUCAAAAUGGAAAACAAAAAGCAGAGGUGGAAAUCCACGUGCUUCUUUCAUUGUCCUUCAACUCAUCCUGUGAUGCAUCUUUAUGAACUGCUCGCCAUGGACUUGAAGCUCUUCAGGAUUCCCAGCAGCUUUUGUACGGCUGAUUCAUCCUCUUCAACUGCCUUAGAACAGAUAUGCUGCACCCUGCCGUGCAGAUCCUCCUGGCACUUCUCAGAAAACAGACAAAUGGUUUGCAGCUGUGGUAAAAGCAGACGCCAGGUUGUUGGCAACAGUUCGCCUCUCCUCGUUGGUCUCUUGCAGCACAAGGUGGUACUGUUGCUGCGAUGCCUUUAGUUGCUGCACAGCCUCAUCAUAACCGCAAUUUACUUAGAAUUUACUUAGCUCAUGGUUGUGGCCCCCAAGCCACUGCUCCGGAAGGUUGGAGAUCUCCUCGUCAAUGUGGAUGGCUGCUCCAUCACCCCAUCCUCUGAGGUCCGCAACCUGGGAGUUAUCCUUGACUCCACCCUUUCUUUCCAGUCCCAUCACCAAAACAGAUUUUUAUCACCUCAGGAAUAUCUCCCGUCUCCGACCCUCACUCUCUGACUCUGUGGCAGAGACGCUCAUCCAUGCAUUCAUCACCUCCCGACUGGAUCAUUGCAAUGGAGUCCUGUCCGGGGUUCCCAGUAAAACCCUGGACAGGCUCCAGUAUGUGCAGAACUCAGCUGCCAGGGUUCUCACCCACACCAAGCCCUGGCAGCACAUCACCCCCACCCUCAUACACCUCCACUGGCUCCCGGCUAAGUUUCGAAUACGGUACAAAAUUCUCCUUCUCACCUACAGAUCCCUCCAUUCACUGGCCCCCCAAUACUUGUCCGAUCUCCUCCACCAAUACACUCCAUCCAGGAACCUGAGGUCUUCUGAUAUCUGACUCCUUUCCAUCCCCCGUACCCGUUUAAAAACUUUUGGAGACAGGGCUUUCAGCGUGGCCGCCCCCACCCUCUGGAACUCUCUCGCCCUUGAAAUCCGCCACUCCCUCACUCUCCACAGUUUCAAAGCACACCUCAAAACACACCUCUUCUCCUUGGCCUUCCCUGAAUAGGCUAAGGUCCCCUCCCGGGUUUUGUUUUGUUUGUUUGCCCUCCCUUUUGUAAAGCGACCUUGGGUACCUUGAAAGGUGCUAUAUAAGUAUAAGUUAUUAUUAUUAUUAUUAUUACUACUUGUGCUGUUUCAGAGAUUCCAGAUGACCGACGGUGGUCUCCAAUUCAUCUGCCAGUUCAGAGGCCUUAUUCUCAAGAUUGGCUUUAAAAGUCUCCAAGCUGCUGCGAUAGCUCUGGAGUUUUUUUAAGUCUGCCUGCAAUUUCACCUUUUCCAUCCUCUUGGUCAUUAGGCGGUCUGUCUGACUCUUUCUCCAGACGUUCAAACUCUGAACUGAGUAUUUGGUGUUUUUCUUCCAUCGAGGCCAGCAACGAUUCAUCAACGUUGUAAAGUUUGAUUUGGACUUUUGAAUCUUUUGCAUGAAGUUGUCAGGUCGGGGCCCUCCCGGGGUUGGUAGAGGGAGCAAUGCCCAGGACUGACUUAGGUAGGAGCACUGGGUGAUAAAAUGGGGGGGAGGGGGUGAUUAGGAUUUUGUUUUGUUAGAGAACGAAUGCUUUCUCUGAUCUGAUUUUCAGGAAUAAAACACAGUAACUGACUUUAAAGCUGUUAUUCCUCCACACUAGAAUUAAUUUUUUGGGGGCUUUCUCACCUAUUGUAAUGUAAUGCAUAUGUAGUAAAGUACUGGAUAUGAUCGAUCUUUCCCUCCUCUGAACUUAAGUGUCCUUCAUUGGGUGCAAAAUGAUUUUAAGGCUUGUUUGUAUACACUAACUAAGCUGCUGAAUAAAAUGGUUAAACUAG